GGGAAAUCAAAUAAAAUGUACAAGGGCCCUGCAUUACUUCGAUUUCUAAAAACCGCAGUCCCAUCUUUUCGCCCUCAUUCCCCAACCUUGCAUUAAUCUUGGCCUUUCGGUGACCGGCGAUGUCAACGUAAAACCAGGCAAGGUUCCCAGGGUGAGUGUUCACAACGCAAUUCCUUUCGCUACAAUACACCCGUCUGUCCGAUUGAUCUUCUGUCUUGAUUAUAUGUACUCGUCCUGCCACGUUCUUCGCCUAUUAUAAGCCUUGUCUAUGUCACGGUCCCGGGACUUGGACGACGAUACCGACAUGGCCAUUUCGUAUGCAAGCAGGGCACCGGCCGGUCACCCUCAAACGCUUCCAUCAUUUCGCGAACUCCUCCCACCGCACCUCCAUGAAGAGAUCGACUCCUCCCCGUCAUACUAUGCCUCCCGUCACCAAUCGCAGGAGCGGCCUUCCUCCGGUCAUGAAAUGGCAGCCGACCCCAGGUCAAUGCCCGGCUUCUCUCCCAGUGUCUCUUCGAAAGCACCUUAUGGUGAACAUUCCCGCGAAUAUACAACCCGUGCAGGCGAGCACUCACCCCGACCGAUGAGCGAUCACCUAUCCAUGAGACUUGGGGAUCAUGCCUCGCGAGGCCCUAGUCCGAUUCUUCCACCCAUACGAGACCUUCAACCCAUGCCAGAUAGGAAAGGAUACCCUGACAAUAGAACGGCCGGCCCGCGCUCCGACCCGUUUGCACAAGAAUAUCGUUCGGGCCAGCCAGGUCCGAUUUCGGGAGCGAUGGGAGACCGACGAAACGUGGAGCCUUAUACAGCCACAGUAAUGCACGGCCAACCGCCGUAUGGACACCCAGUUAUGCCCUACCCCGGCGAUGCCGAGCAGAUGUCGCCCGGAAUGAUGACGCACCCGCAACAGGCCAACUUCGGCAUUAUGGGUGACCCGAUAGAUCCUAAGACAAAGCGUCGACGGGGUAAUUUGCCUAAACCAGUGACGGAUAUCUUGCGAGCCUGGUUCCAUGAGCAUCUAGAUCACCCAUAUCCUAGCGAAGAGGAUAAGCAAAUGUUCAUGACUCGAACUGGCCUAUCGAUCAGCCAGAUCAGCAAUUGGUUCAUCAACGCACGACGGAGACAGCUCCCAGCACUGCGGAAUCAAAUGCGAAGUGGUGGAGGCGAUGCCGACUCUUCCAGGCACUCUCCAUUUAGCGACGUUGACCAAGAGCCUCUGUCAUCAUCGCACCACUAAGCCCUGAGUUGACAUCGAGCAACGCGCUAACUCGAGUCGUAAAGGGUUAAUUCAUCUCGACACACCAACCCUUCCUUCAUUUGUCUCUCCAUGACCUCUAGAACCCUGGCAUCAGUUCAUGUCUCUUUUGAUCACGGCCUUGAUUUUUCAUUUGUUCGCAUAUCUUUCAACGUUCACGGCGUCGCAACUUCAAGCGUUCAUUUGGCUUACGACUGGGAAAUAACUUCUUCCCGUUUAUCCUGAUUCCAUCUUCAUAUUCCCUUUUCAGUUCAUUUUCACGAUUUAUGGGGUUUGGUACACGGCAAAGAGGGAUAGACUGGCAUUUGGCUUUUGUUUCAUAUUCACAUUUUCCUUUCUCCUGAUGUCUUCCUUGAUAUGUUUCAAGUCUGUUUUACAUUGUUUUACCUUAUUUCUUGCUUCUUUAUAUAGGAUUCCUGCUCUGUGCAUAAGCAAGGCGGAGAGGGUCCCUUCAGACUUCCUGUUUUUGAUACCCUAAUUUUGCUAUGCAUGUUUAUUACCAGACCGACUGUGAAGGGGAAAACGGGUUCUCGGAUCUUGAUAGCAAGGGAAAUUUCACUGGAUGCCAUUUCAUGAUAUUGCUGUUUCCAUCUCUCUCUCUGGUUGCCUAGUCACUUCUCGCAUCGCUCUAAUAUCUACAAUCGCAUCGCGUGCCUUAUGUCGCUAAGUAGGGAG